AUGUGUCAAUUCGAGCUUCCCUCAUGCACAGCUCCAUCCCACCUCAAGUUCGGUCUCACGCGGGACAAGAACACUCCAGCAUCUCUACCCUCUCGGACCCCCAUCAUUGUCAAGCUCACGCUCGAGUAUCCUCAUGUCGUCACUCUCAAGAAACAGACUUAG